CAACCAUGCUGCUCUUUCCUUUUGUUUGACUUUCCACAGCACACCUCGCUCACCAUACCUCCACUCAUGCAUACACCCUUACAAGGUCGAUUAGCUGACGUCCACAUCCUCACAAUCCUUCUUUAAUCGACGCAUUCACUUUGUUGUGAAUAAAUAUGACAUACUUUUGUGAGUACCUCCUAGUCUCCUCCCGUCAUUUUGUGUCCCGUGUUUUCAGUCAGCCCCAAACUAAGGGUUCCUGUAGUAUAACUGAACCUCAUCAGUCUGCAAAGUCUUUGUCGACUUCUCCGGCCUCUGAUUGUCAAACAAAUGCAUGUUGGCCAUGAGGGGGAGGAGCAGCACAAAUUCCAACAUAUUGUUACUUAAAGACAAUUACAAAGUUGGCUUAUUAUCAGCUGUAGAAUAUAUGAAGAAUUAGAGGACAUGUGUCCCAGCAGGACUUGGAAAACGCUGAAAGUCGUCCAUAUUGUUGCUUUAAACUGUGUGGACGGUUCUAUUGCAGGUUGUUUCCAGCUCACAGCAGCAACACCUGACCAUCAAAUGAUUAAAGUGACGGAAGGGUGAGGGCUUAUAGUUUCAGCUCUGACACUGCCUUGCAGGUGUGUCUGCAGAUACCUUGUGUUUCAUGUUUAACAGCUGACCUUUUUAUUUCAAACUGUCUGACUUUACGUGUUUGUGUCAAUGUUUUCACAUCAUAGCAGUCCGCUUCGUUCUUUGGCUCCGCCCAAUGACGCUAAUCUAUCAACUGAGGCUUUACCACCACCACAGCAGCUCAGUUAGUGUGAACGUUGUUUUGAAAAAAAUCCAAGUGUCAAACUUAGGGGAACAUGAGCAGCAUAAAUAGACCACACAGGAAGAAGCCCCUCCUCAGUUACACUUCAGUUCAGCUUGGUGUUCAGACAGUCAACAUGGAGGUCGCCGUGCUCUGCAUCAAACUCUUGGUCCACGUGUUAUUUCUGCUGUGUGCACAUGUUCAGGACGUUGAUUCACUGAUUCUCCGUCUUGAACCAAACAGACUGCAGUUCUUUGAAUACGAGUCUCUGAUCUUCCAUUGUGAGGGCUCUCAUGACUCGACUGGAUUGAAAAUUUUACAUCGGUCCAAAGGGGAAUUAUUCAAAAGUCAAACUACAGUGACAUCAAAAAGGUCAUCCUGCACUAUUCCUACUAUUUUUCCAGAGGACAGUGGGCAAUACUGGUGUGAGUCCAGAGAUGGGAAGAGAAGCGACAUCAUCCACAUCACUGUUACUGAUGGUCCUGUGAUCCUGGAGAGUCCCAUCAGUGUGGUAGAGGGAGAGACUGUGACUCUGCGCUGCAGACACAAGACGACCUCUACCAAUCUCUCAGCUGAUUUCUACAAAGAUGGCCGCCUUAUCAGAAGAAGCUCUACAGGAAACCUGAGCAUCCCCAGUGUUUCCAAAUGUGAUGAAGGAUUCUACAACUGUAACUCUGGAGGAAGAGAAUCAGCCGAGAGUCUGAUGGCUGUCCAAGGUGAGACACAUCAGUGUUACCAAAUCAAAUUUAAAAAUACAUGUGAUAUAACUAUGUGUUGAAACAGUAUAUUGAUUGAUUUGAAAAGGACAGCGUACA